CCUCUCCACACACACACACCCCGGAGGAAGGACCCCUCUCCUCUCUCGCGCACGCGCGCUGAGGAAAUGGAGCCGCUGCUACUGCUGGGCGGUUGCUAUGAACAGAUCCUGUUAGGGUUCGCGGUGCGGUCGGGAGAGAACUGGGAAGCUGUUCCUGAUUUCACUCACCAUGCCCACAGUGCUUCAUUGUCAGCAGUGGCUGUGAAUAACAGAUAUGUAGUCACUGGCAGCAGGGAUGAAACCAUACAAAUCUAUGAUAUGAAAAAGAAGGUAGAACAUGGUGCACUGAUGCAGCACAAUGGGACCAUAACCUGUUUGGAAUUCUAUGGGCAUGCUCAUCUACUGAGUGGAGCUGAGGAUGGCUUUAUGUGUAUUUGGAACACAAAAAGAUGGGAAUGCUUGAAGUCCAUUAAAGCACAUAAGGGCCAUGUGACAUCCCUUUCUAUUCAUCCAUCUGGAAAAUUGGCUUUGUCUGUGGGCACAGACAAGACAUUAAGAACAUGGAACCUUGUAGAAGGAAGAUCUGCAUUCAUAAAGAAUUUAAAACAAAAUGCACAUAUUGUUAAAUGGUCACCCAGCGGCGAGACGUAUGUGGUGGUUAUAGCAAACAAAGUGGACAUCUACAAGCUUGCAACUGCUUCUGUCUCUGGCACCAUUGUUAUGGAAAAGAGAAUAUCUUCUGUAAAAUUUAUUACAGACUGCAUACUUGCCAUUGCAGGAGAUGAAGAAUUUGUACGGUUGUUUGACUGUGAAUCUAAAAAAUGCCUUUGUGAAUUUAAAGCUCAUGAAAACAGGGUAAAAGAGAUUGACAGUUUUGAAAGGGAAGGUGUGUGUGUUCUGGUGACUGCAUCAAGUGAUGGAUACAUUAAAAUGUGGAGCCUCGAUCUUGACCAGAUUAAGAAUGCCCCAUCAGUGUUAUGUGAAGUUAAUACUAAGGCCAGGCUUACCUGUUUAGCAGUGUGGCGCAGAAAAGAUUCAGAAACAGAAGAAACCUCAAAUGAAGCUACCACAUCUUCCUCUCAAGUUCACGAAGUGGAACAGCCGUUGAUUAAAAGGAAGGAAAUUUGUUGGAGUGACAGUGGUCAGCCAUCAGAGGGAGAUGGCCAAGAGGUCCCUGUGAAACGAAAAGUUCCAGAUAUACAGCAAAAGAAGAAGAAAAAGUUGCGAAGAUUAAAAUGAAUGUGUACUUCAUUAUCAUUUGCUAUACUGAAUUUAUAAUAAAAGUUCAAUUAGUUUCACUUUA